UGUAAACGUACCUUUAGCCCCAAGACGUAUGGUCUGUUCACACAAGAGUUCUCGAUAGUUGCGGCAGACCUGAGGUAAUUGAGGGUUUGUUUGAAAAAAAUUAUCCUUUUUUUUUUCCUGAAGGCAUGUACAGCAGAAAUUAAUACUUUCUGAUGCACUGAUUUUAUUCAUGUGCGAGGAAAAUCGCUUCGGAAUGAUCAACGACAUGGAAUUCAUGGAAAACCAAAGCAACAAUCGCACACAUGAACAGGAAAAGAUUCCAGAAUCGGAUCCGGUGAUUUUUGCUCGCACCGCUGAGCAGGUGGGAACAUCCGCUUCGGACGAUGUCAUUAAUAUUGAUUUCCAAAAUUUGCAAGAAAAUCUGCCGACCACAACUGUAACGACACAAAAGCUUGUACCAGAGCCAAAAAGAUUCGGAAGAGUUAAACAAAGUAACAAGAAGGCCAGCGGGGAUGCUGUUAUAGUUUCCGAGUGCCAAAUUUGCCAAAAACAGUUCAGACACCAAACCAGCCUCAACAGGCACUUGGCCCAUGCCCACCAUUCGGGUAAAAUUGCUUAUUCUUGUCGCGUAUGCGGCAAAAGAUCCCGGACCAGGAAUACGCUGGCGCAGCACAAGAAAACGGAUUCAUCAGAGAGUUCGUACGUUUGCGAUGUGUGCCACAAGAAGUUCAACCGGAAGGCCGGGCUGCUUUCGCACAAGAAAAUUCAUACUGGGAUCAAGUCGUAUCAUUGUGUUUUAUGCCCUAAGGCUUUCUUUCAAAAAGGUAACUGGAACCGUCAUCUAAAAACUCACUUGGAAAAGAAAAAGUUAAAGUGCGAUAUGUGCCACAAAGUGUUCAGCCGCGAGGAUAGUUUGGCUCGCCACAAGUUAAAGUCUCACAAUGCACCCAACCAGUACCACUGCGGAAUUUGCGGCGCGUCGUUUCCGAAACGCCGCAAGAUGCGCUCGCACGAACGGGAACACGACACGCCGGACCGCGACGUCGUGCGUGUCGCCACCGAAGUAGGACCGGACGAGAUCGAAGCGGCAUUAACUCUCUGCGCCUUAGCGUCCAGUCGAAUGCCGGGGACGUCAUCUCCGAAAACCCUGGAAGUUCAGAGUCUGAAUCGAUUCGGUAGGAAUUCGACGACACCAAAAACGAUCGCCGAGGGUGACGAUCAAGGAAAUUCACCUGUUGACUUAUUAUUGUCAAUGAUUAAUGCGUCGUCUAUCAGAUAUAACGAAUCUGGCAUCGUCGCGCAAGCAUCACAAGCUGACAGUAAAGUAGUCGAAAACUAGAUGUUCAAGCUUGCAUAGUUUUCGAGUCUUUGUCCUGAUUGUGUAAUAUUGUAUUUUGUUAAGUUUAAGAGGUUUGACUUCAUCAAAAAUAUGAGAUUUUAAUUUUACUGUUUGAAUACCUAGUUUGUAAUUUUAGUGAGGUUGUUUUUGGUUUUUUAAUUGUCAGCAGCGGUAUAAUUACCUUCAAGUCAUUCUGUAAUAUUUUAUUUUGUUGUUGAGCUUAAGAGUUCUGACUUCAUCAAAAAUAUGAGAUCUUAAUUUUACUGUUUGAAUACCUAGUUUGUAAUUUUAGUGAUAGGUUUUUUAAUUGCGCUACAAUCUGUACCUGCUACCAUAUUUUUCGAACAGUUUUGGAUAUCCCUACAAAUUAUCCUAUAAUGUUUUCAAUAAAAAAUUUGUCAA